AUGGAGCUUUGGGAGGAGUUCCUGAAUGAGGCUGUUUUUUCAGAAAAUGUUUGUCCAGGUUUGCUUAAAUCAGCCCCACAGUUUCUGAAGAAGCAAGAAAAGUUGGCAGGAUUUAUUUAUACAUGUGGUGGAACUUUAAAAGGACUUAAUGGUACAAUAGAAAGCCCCGGCUUCCCAUAUGGAUAUCCAAAUGGUGCAAACUGUACAUGGGUAAUAAUUGCAGAAGAAAGAAAUAGAAUACAGAUAGUAUUUCAAUCUUUUGCUCUAGAAGAAGAAUAUGACUAUUUAUCAUUAUAUGAUGGGCAUCCUCAUCCUACGAACUUCAGGACAAGACAUUGCCUUUUCCAACAGGUUAAAGAAUUACAGAGCAGUUCUUGUGGAAAUCCUGGAGUUCCACCCAAAGGCAUCUUGUAUGGUGCAAGGUUUGAUGUUGGUGAUAAAAUCCGAUACAGCUGCGUGACAGGAUACAUCUUGGAUGGACACCCCCAGCUCACUUGUAUAGCAAACUCAGUGAACACAGCAUCCUGGGAUUUUCCAGUUCCUAUCUGCAGAGCGGAGGAUGCAUGCGGAGGGACCAUGAGGGGAUCCAGUGGCAUCAUCUCUAGCCCUAAUUUCCCUAAUGAAUAUCACAAUAAUGCAGACUGCACGUGGACCGUUGUGGCCGAGCCUGGAGACACCAUUUCACUCAUAUUUACGGAUUUUCAAAUGGAAGAGAAAUAUGAUUACUUGGAAAUAGAAGGUUCAGAACCACCCACAAUAUGGUUGUCUGGAAUGAACAUACCUCCUCCGAUUAUCAGCAACAAAAACUGGCUCCGACUUCAUUUUGUAACAGACAGCAACCACCGAUAUCGUGGGUUUAGUGCUCCCUAUCAAGGUUCUUCUUCCACUUUGACCCAAACUGCCUCCACUGGUGAGUUAGAGGAGGAUAUUGCGGCUACUGCUGGUGAUUUUACUGUUGCUAGCACAUCUGCUGAUGUUACUGUAUCCAGUGUUACUGCUGUCACCAGCCCUAGAAUAUCCGAAGAACAGCGAGUGCAAGCUGUGAAUCUCAGAAAAUCUGAUCUGGAGCUCGCCACUUCCAAGGAGUCGCUCUCCCUUCAAUCAGCACAUACCCAAAGUACAAGAAGACGGCCAAGAAAUGCUGAACAGAUAGAAAGAACUAAAGAGCUUGCAGUUGUUACUCAUAGAGUGAAAAAGGCCAUAGAUUUUAAAUCUAGAGGAUUUAAAUUGUUUCCAGGGAAAGACAACAGCAACAAGUUUUCUAUCUUAAAUGAAGGAGGUAUUAAACAGGCAUCCAAUUUGUGUCCUGAUCCUGGAGAACCUGAGAAUGGAAAACGGAUAGGCUCAGAUUUUAGCCUGGACUCAACAGUACAGUUUUCUUGUGAUGAAGACUAUGUACUACAGGGUGCAAAAAGUAUCACCUGUCAGAGAAUAGCAGAGGUUUUUGCUGCUUGGAGUGAUCAUAGGCCAGUGUGCAAAGUAAAGACUUGUGGAUCUAAUCUUCAGGGGCCCAGUGGAAUCUUCACAUCCCCAAACUUCCCAUUCCAGUAUGACAGUAAUGCUCAGUGUGUUUGGGUCAUCACAGCUAUCAACCCAAACAAGGUGAUUCAGAUUAAUUUUGAAGAAUUCGAUCUGGAGAUUGGCUAUGACACACUAACAAUUGGCGAUGGAGGAGAAGUGGGUGAUCCCAGAACAGUCCUUCAAGUGUUAACAGGAAGCUUCGUGCCAGAUUUAAUUGUCAGCAUGAACCAUCAGAUGUGGCUGCAUCUCCAAACGGAUGAAAGUGUGGGUUCAAUUGGCUUCAAAGUUAACUACAAAGAGAUUGAAAAAGAAAGCUGUGGGGAUCCUGGAACUCCAUUAUAUGGCAUUAGAGAAGGGGAUGGAUUUUCCAAUCGUGACGUGUUAAGGUUUGAGUGUCAGUUUGGGUUUGAACUGAUUGGAGAAAAAUCUAUUGUUUGUCAAGAGAACAAUCAGUGGUCGGCAAACAUACCCAUCUGCAUUUUUCCUUGUCUUUCUAAUUUCACGGCACCGAUGGGGACUGUUCUUUCUCCGGAUUACCCAGAGGGAUAUGGAAAUAAUUUGAAUUGCAUCUGGACAAUCAUUUCAGACCCAGGAAGUCGCAUUCAUCUCUCUUUUAAUGACUUUGACUUGGAGUCCCAGUUUGACUUCCUUGCAAUUAAAGAUGGUGACUCUCCAGAUUCUCCAAUACUUGGAACAUUCACUGGAGCUGAAGUGCCCUCCCAUCUGACUAGUAACAGUCAUAUUUUACGUCUGGAAUUUCAAGCUGACCACUCAAUGUCAGGACGUGGAUUUAAUAUCACAUAUAACACCUUUGGACAUAAUGAGUGUCCUGAUCCUGGGAUACCAAUCAAUGCACGGCGUUUUGGUGACAACUUUCAACUGGGAAGUUCAAUCUCUGUCAUUUGUGAAGAAGGUUUUAUUAAAACUCAAGGAACUGAAACAAUCACUUGUGUAUUGAUGGAUGGGAAGGUUAUGUGGAGUGGACCGAUCCCUAAGUGUGGAGCUCCAUGUGGUGGGCAUUUUUCUUCUCCCAGUGGAGUCAUCCUUUCUCCAGGCUGGCCUGGGUAUUAUAAAGACUCCUUGAAUUGUGAGUGGGUGAUUGAAGCUGAACCAGGACACUCUAUCAAAAUUACAUUUGAAAGAUUCCAGACAGAACUCAAUUACGAUGUUCUAGAAGUGCAUGAUGGACCCAACCUUUUGUCACCUCUUCUAGGAUCUUACAAUGGCACACAAGUCCCCCAGUUUUUAUUCAGUAGCAGCAAUUUCAUUUACCUUCUCUUUACAACAGACAAUAGCCGCUCUAAUAAUGGAUUCAAGAUCCACUAUGAAAGUGUAACAGUUAACACCUACUCUUGUUUGGAUCCUGGCAUACCAGUCCAUGGCCGUCGUUAUGGGCAUGACUUUUCCAUUGGAUCAACAGUAUCAUUUGGUUGUGACCCAGGUUACAGACUGAGCCAUGAAGAGCCUCUGCUCUGUGAAAAGAACCACUGGUGGAGCCACCCACUUCCUACUUGUGAUGCUUUGUGUGGAGGAGAUGUUAGAGGGCCAAGUGGAACUAUUUUAUCUCCGGGUUACCCUGAACUCUAUCCGAAUUCACUGAAUUGUACAUGGACUGUGGAUGUUACCCAUGGAAAAGGAGUGCAGUUCACCUUUCAUACCUUUCAUUUGGAAGAUCAUCACGACUACUUGCUAAUCACGGAGAACGGCAGCUUCACCCGGCCACUGGCACGCCUGACUGGCUCAGAACUUCCGUCGGCAAUCAAUGCGGGUCUCUAUGGAAAUUUCAGGGCUCAGUUGCGCUUCAUUUCUGACUUUUCAAUAUCAUAUGAAGGAUUUAAUAUUACUUUCUCUGAAUAUAACCUUGAACCCUGUGAGGAUCCUGGGACCCCGCAAUUUGGAAGCAGAAUAGGGUUUAACUUUGGAGUAGGAGACACUUUAACAUUCUCCUGUUCAUCUGGAUACCGUUUAGAGGGAGCUUCAGAGAUUAUCUGUCUUGGUGGUGGCCGACGUGUGUGGAGUGCACCUCUGCCCAGGUGUGUGGCUGAAUGCGGAGCAUCUGCUACAAAUAAUGAAGGAAUUUUGCUGUCCCCCAAUUACCCACUCAACUAUGAAAACAACCAUGAAUGUAUUUACAGCAUUCAAGUACAAGCAGGGAAGGGAAUCAAUAUAUCUGCCAGAACAUUUCAUUUAGCACAAGGAGAUGUUCUUAAGAUAUAUGACGGAAGGGACAACACAGUACACUUGCUGGGGGCAUUUACUGGAGCGUCACUGCGAGGACUGACGCUGAGCAGCACUUCAAAUCAUCUUUGGCUUGAAUUUAAUUCAGAUUCUGAAGGAACGGAUGAAGGUUUUCAACUUGUAUAUACCAGUAAGUAUUUCAGAAAGCAGGAAGCAGAACAAACUAUUGAUUAUGGGAGCGACAAGCUUUCUGUCCAUUGCCUCCAGUUUCUUGCAUUCGAUACUGAAGCGUCGCAUGAUAUACUCCGUGUUUGGGAUGGUCCACCUGAAAAUGACAUGCUACUAAAAGAAAUCAGUGGUUCUCUUAUUCCAGAAGGCAUCCACAGUACUCUGAACAUAGUAACAAUCCAGUUUGACACAGACUUUUAUAUCAGCAAAUCGGGAUUUGCCAUCCAGUUUUCAAGCUCUGUAGCAACAGCUUGCCGUGACCCCGGUGUCCCCAUGAAUGGAACCAGAAAUGGGGAUGGAAGAGAGCCUGGAGACACAGUCAUUUUUCAGUGUGACCCUGGCUAUGAAUUGCAAGGAGAUGAGAGAAUAACCUGCAUUCAGGUAGAAAAUCGGUACUUCUGGCAGCCCAACCCACCAGUCUGUAUAGCACCUUGUGGAGGCAAUUUGACAGGCUCAUCAGGUUUUAUUCUUUCACCAAAUUUCCCUCAUCCUUAUCCCCAUAGCAGAGACUGUGACUGGACUAUCACUGUCAAUAAUGACUAUGUAAUAUCAUUAGCAUUUAUCAGCUUCAGUAUCGAACCAAACUAUGACUUUCUCUAUAUCUAUGAUGGGCCAGACAGCAAUAGUGCUCUUAUAGGAAGCUUUCAAGACAGCAAGUUACCAGAAAGGAUAGAAAGCAGUUCAAACUCCAUGCACUUGGCUUUUCGGAGUGAUGGAUCUGUUAGUUUUACUGGUUUCCACUUGGAAUAUAAAGCCAAACUCCGUGAGUCCUGCUUUGAUCCUGGUAAUAUAAUGAAUGGCACAAGGCUUGGAAUGGAUUAUAAACUGGGUUCAACAGUCACAUAUUACUGUGAUGCGGGUUAUGUUCUUCAAGGUUACUCUACACUCACUUGUAUCAUGGGAGAUGAUGGGAGACCUGGAUGGAACAGAGCCUUACCCAGCUGCCAUGCUCCUUGUGGAAGUCGAUCAACGGGCUCUGAAGGCACAGUUUUAUCACCAAACUAUCCUAAAAACUACAGCAUAGGACAUAACUGCAUUUACUCUAUUGCUGUCCCUAAGGAGUUCGUGGUAUUUGGCCAGUUUGUAUUUUUCCAGACAUCACUUCACGACGUGGUUGAGGUAUAUGACGGCCCAACUCAACAGUCGUCUUUAUUAUCUUCUCUCUCGGGAUCACACUCAGGAGAAUCCCUUCCCUUGAGUUCAGGUAACCAGAUUACCAUUCGAUUUACUUCAGUCGGACCUGUAACAGCUAAAGGAUUUCACUUUGUAUAUCAAGCGGUUCCAAGGACAAGUGCAACACAAUGCAGUUCAGUGCCUGAACCAAGAUUUGGGAAAAGGAUUGGAAAUGAAUUUGCAGUUGGUUCAUUGGUUCUUUUUGAAUGUAAUCCAGGCUAUAUACUCUAUGGAUCAAUAGCAAUUAGAUGUGACACUGUGCCUAAUGCCCUGGCACAGUGGAAUGAUUCUCUUCCUACAUGUGUUGUGCCCUGUGGAGGAAUUUUAACUAAGCGCAAAGGUACCAUUUUGUCCCCUGGUUACCCUGAGCCAUAUGAUAACAACCUGAAUUGUGUAUGGAAGAUCACAGUGCCAGAAGGAGCUGGAAUCCAAGUACAAGUUAUAAGUUUUGCAACAGAGCAUAACUGGGACUCUUUGGAUUUUUAUGAUGGCGCUGACAAUAAUGCUCCACGGCUCGGAAGCUAUUCAGGAACAACAAUACCUCCACUUCUCAACAGUACGUCCAACAAUUUAUACCUGAACUUUCAAUCGGAUAUUAGUGUGUCAGCUGCUGGAUUCCACCUAGAAUACACAGCUAUAGGUUUGGACUCUUGCCCUGAACCACAGACCCCAAACAGUGGUAUUAAAAUAGGAGACAGGUACAUGGUUGGAGAUGUGGUUUCCUUCCAGUGCGAUCAGGGAUAUUCUCUUCAGGGACAUUCCCAUAUCACCUGUAUGCCUGGACCUGUAAGAAGAUGGAAUUACCCUAUUCCUAUUUGCUUAGCACAGUGUGGUGGUUCUAUGUCAGACUUCAGUGGAGUGAUUCUGAGCCCAGGCUUUCCUGGAAAUUAUCCUAGCAGUUUGGACUGCACAUGGACAAUCAUGCUGCCUAUUGGUUUUGGUGUGCACUUACAGUUUGUAAAUUUUUCAACGGAGACAAUACAUGAUUAUUUGGAAGUCAGAAGUGGAUCAACAGAUACUAGUACUGUUAUUGGAAGACUCAGUGGCCCACAGUUACCACCUUCUCUUUUUAGUACAACCCACGAGACUAACUUAUAUUUUCAUAGUGACUAUUCUCAGAACAAACAGGGGUUUCAUAUUGCUUACCAAGCAUAUCAGUUGCAGAGUUGUCCUGAUCCACGCCCCUUUCGCAAUGGUUUUGUCAUUGGAACGGACUUUACUGUAGGGCAAACCGUUUCAUUUGAAUGUUACCCUGGAUACACUUUAAUUGGAAACUCAGCACUUACUUGCCUUCAUGGGAUCAGUCGGAAUUGGAACCACCCUCUUCCAAGGUGUGAAGCUCUUUGUGGAGGAAAUAUAACUUCAAUGAAUGGCACCAUAUACUCUCCAGGCUACCCUGAUGAGUAUCCCAACUUCCAGGACUGUUUUUGGCUUGUAAGAGUACCACCAGGAAAUGGCAUCUAUAUCAACUUCACUGUUCUUCAAACAGAGCCAAUAUACGAUUUCAUAACUGUCUGGGAUGGGCCUGACCAAAGUUCUCCACAGAUUGGACAGUUUAGCGGCAACACUGCAUUGGAGUCAGUCUACAGCACUUCAAACCAAAUACUCAUCAAGUUCCACAGUGACUUCACAACAAGUGGCUUCUUUGUGCUCAGUUAUCAUGCAUACCAACUUCGAGUGUGUCAGCCUCCACCUACUAUACCGAAUGCUGAAAUUCUGACUGAGGAUGACGAAUUUGAAAUAGGGGACAUAAUAAGGUAUCAGUGUCUACCAGGGUUUACAUUGGUUGGUAAUGAGAUUCUGACAUGUAGAUUGGGAGAAAGGCUACAGAUGGAUGGAGCACCGCCUGCUUGCCAAGUGCUUUGUCCUGCAAAUGAAUUGCGCCUGGAUUCAACAGGAGUGAUAUUGAGCCCUGGCUACCCAGAUAGCUACCCAAACCUCCAAAUGUGUGCAUGGACCAUUACUGUGGAAAAGGGCUAUAAUAUUAGCCUUUACUUUGAAUUCUUUCAAACGGAAAAGGAAUUUGAUAUACUUGAGGUGUUUGAUGGACCAAACAGUCACAGUCCACUGCUAAUCUCCCUAAGUGGAGAUUAUUCUUCCUCUCUAAAUGUAACCAGCAGUGGCCAUGAAGUUUUCCUCCGAUGGUCAGCAGACCAUGGCACCAACAAAAAGGGUUUCAGGAUAAGAUAUAUAGCUCUUUACUGCAGUACUCCAGAGUCACCUCCUCAUGGGUUCAUUGUCAGUCAGACAGGCGGACAGCUCAACAGUGUGGUUCGCUGGGCUUGUGACCGAGGAUAUCGGCUCGUUGGGAAGAGUACUGCUGUAUGUAGGAAAUCUCCCAAUGGAUAUCAUGCAUGGGAUGUACCUGUCCCAGCUUGUCAAGCUAUAUCUUGUGGAAUUCCAAAAGCACCAGCGAAUGGUGGGAUACUGACAACAGACUAUUUAGUAGGCACGAGAGUUACUUAUUUCUGCAAUGAUGGAUAUAGGCUAUCGUCCAAGGAACUUACAACUGCAGCCUGCCAGCCAGAUGGCACAUGGAGCAACCACAACAAAACACCUCGUUGUGUAGUUGUUACAUGCCCAAGCAUCAAUUCAUUCACCUUGGAACAUGGGAGAUGGCGAAUAGUGAAUGGCUCUCACUAUGAAUACAAAACAAAAGUUGUUUUCAGCUGUGACCCUGGGUACCAUGGAUUGGGACCAGAAUCCAUUGAAUGCCUUGCCAAUGGAACAUGGAGUUGGAGAAAUGAGAGACCAUACUGCCAAAUCAUUUCAUGUGGAGAACUUCCUAUACCUCCAAAUGGGAAUAAGAUUGGAACUCAAAUCACAUAUGGAUCGACAGCAAUUUUUACAUGUGAUUUGGGAUUCAUGCUGGUGGGUUCAGCUGUAAGGGAAUGUCUGUCAUCUGGACUAUGGAGUGGAACUGAAACAAGGUGUUUAGCGGGCCAUUGUGGUAUUCCAGAUCUUAUAGUCAAUGGUCAAGUAAUUGGAGAAAAUUAUGGGUACAGAGACACCGUUGUGUACCAGUGCAAUCCUGGCUUUCGACUGAUUGGUUCAUCUGUACGAAUAUGCCAGCAAGAUCACAACUGGUCUGGUCAACUUCCAGCCUGUGUGCCUGUUAGCUGUGGUCAUCCCGGUAGUCCAAUUUAUGGACGAACAAGUGGGAAUGGUUUCAACUUCAAUGACGUUGUGACAUUCUCUUGCAACACUGGCUAUGUCAUGCAAGGACCAACAAAAGCCCAGUGUCAAGCAAACAGGCAGUGGAGCCAUCCACCACCGAUAUGUAAAGUGGUCAACUGUACUGAUCCAGGAAUUCCUGCAAAUUCCAUACGAGAAAGUAAAAUUGAGCAUGGAAAUUUUACCUAUGGCACUGUUGUUUUUUAUGACUGCAAUCCUGGAUAUUUUUUAUUUGGAUCUUCAGUUUUAGUCUGCCAGCCAAAUGGUCACUGGGAUAAACCUUUGCCAGAAUGCAUUAUGAUUGACUGUGGUCAUCCUGGCAUUCCUCCCAAUGCAAUCCUGUCUGGAGAAAAAUACACAUUUGGUUCCACUGUUCGUUACUCCUGUACGGGAAGACGAUCACUAAUUGGACCAGCAUCUCGGACAUGCCAGUUGAAUGGACACUGGAGUGGAUCUAUGCCUCAUUGCUCAGGUGAUAAUGCAGGAUCUUGUGGUGAUCCAGGAACCCCAGGUCAUGGUUCAAGAGAAGAAAGCAAUUUUAGAAUUAAAAGUGCUGUGCAAUUCUCUUGUGAGCUUGGUUACAUUCUUCAUGGAUCAGAGGAAAGGACAUGUCUAGCAAAUGGAAGUUGGACAGGAAGGCAACCAGAAUGUAAAGCUGUGCAGUGUGGUAACCCUGGAACAACUGCGAAUGGGAAGGUUUUUCGGAUAGAUGGCACAACGUUUGCUAGUUCUGUAAUCUAUUCCUGCAUGGAAGGCUAUAUUCUGUCUGGCUCUUCUGUAAGACAGUGUACUGCCAAUGGAACAUGGUCUGGUUCCUUACCCAAUUGUACAAUAAUCAGUUGUGGGGAUCCAGGUGUCCCAGCCAAUGGCCUAAGAUAUGGUGAUGAUUUUGUUGUGGGACAAAACGUUACAUAUAUGUGCCAGCCAGGGUACACAAUGGAAUCCAACAGCUCCAGAUUUCGGACUUGCACCACUAAUGGCACAUGGAGUGGAAUGCUCCCUACAUGUAAAGCUGUUACCUGUCCAACUCCACCCCAAAUCUCUAAUGGAAGACAGGAAGGAACAAAUUUUGACUGGGGCUUUAGCAUUAGCUAUGUCUGCUCACCUGGCUAUGAGCUAUCUUUUCCUGCUGUUUUGACCUGUGUUGGUAAUGGAACAUGGAGUGGCGAAGUACCUCAGUGUUUACCAAAGUUUUGUGGCGAUCCAGGAGUACCUUCACAAGGCAAAAGGGAAGGCAAGAGCUUCAUAUACCAGUCAGAAAUCUCUUUCAGCUGUAAUCUUCCAUAUGUAUUGGUUGGGUCCAGUACUCGGAUAUGUCAAGCAGAUGGUACUUGGAGUGGGUCAUCUCCCCGUUGCAUAGAACCAAGUCGAACAGCAUGUGAAAACCCUGGAAUUCCCCGUCAUGGAUCACAAAACAAUACAUUUGGUUAUCAGGUAGGAAAUGUCAUACAGUUCCAGUGUAAGAAAGGAUACCUCCUUCAGGGCUCCACAACUCGCACUUGCCUUCCCGAUCUUACAUGGAGUGGGAUUCAGCCAGAAUGUAUACCUCACAGUUGUAAGCAGCCAGAAUCUCCAGCUCAUGUGAAUGUUGAAGGAAUGGAUCUUCCCUCCCUUGGCUAUACUCUGAUAUAUACCUGCCAACCAGGGUAUUUCUUAGCAGGAGGAUCGGAACACAGAGUCUGCAGAUCUGAUGGCACUUGGACAGGGAAGGUUCCUGUUUGUGAAGCUGGUUCCAAAAUAUUGGUGAAAGACCCUAGACCAGCUUUGGGAACACCCAGUCCCAAAUUAAAUGUUCCUGAUGACGUGUUUGCCCAAAAUUACAUAUGGGUAUAUAAAAGCCAAGAAGCCCGUUUAAUGCUCCAUAUAUAUCUCAUUAAAGCACCAUCCCAUACUUCGCUGAACAAACUGAAGGAGGAAAAAUGGGCAAUGGAUGGUUUUGUUUCGGCUGAACCUGAUGGUGCUACCUAUGUUUUUCAAGGAUUUAUCCAGGGUAAAGAUUAUGGGCAGUUUGGACUACAAAGAUUAGGACUUAACAUGUCUGAAGGUUCAAAUUCUUCAAACCAACCACAUGGUACAAACAGCAGUUCUGUGGCCAUUGCUAUUCUCGUGCCUUUUUUUGCCCUUAUAUUAGCAGGAUUUGGGUUUUACCUUUAUAAACAAAGAACUGCCCCUAAAACACAGUAUACAGGAUGUUCUGUGCAUGAAAAUAACAAUGGGCAAGCUGCUUUUGAAAAUCCCAUGUACGACACCAACGCAAAGUCCGUCGAAGGGAAGGCUGUACGGUUUGAUCCCAACUUGAACACGGUUUGCACAAUGGUAUAA